GGAACCCGUCCCGUCUACUUUGUGUACUCGAAAACUUUUGCAAAGUUGGGCAAACUAUUUUUUUUCUUUGGGAAGGCGCGUGCGUCUGUCGUGUGGGAGCUCCUGCGCACCGGUCGGAACGUCGUCGCUUUGGAGAAGGAGGCGAGGAUGAUCGAUUACCUUCACGAGUUCGUGAAGGCACGCGUUGCAAACACUCGCAAUGCUUGCGAGUUUGUCCUCAUCACCGGCGAACGAAACUGGGAUCCCAAACGUGACAUGUAUUGGAAAAUGCCGGGGAACAAAAGGACGGAGGUUUGGGACUUCCUUUUCCAACCCAGACCGCAUGGUCCGACCGACCUCGAAUACACUCGACGGAGAAACCUGGUGUUCAGUGUGCUCAAUGGGUACCACGAUGCACCCAGGGAGUCUGUCUCGCAUUUCUUGAGAAGGCUGGAGCACGUUUACUUCACGCUGGCCGAACCGCUCAUCCUCGAAAACUACAAGUCACAGUUUGACGAGGAGGACCUUUUCGACGCUGAAGACAUGGAGGAGCUGAGCGACUCGGAAACCUUCGAUUUCGAUUCCAUGCCACUUCCUCGGGUGGUUGGACAGGUUUGUGAUGAAGAGGAAGGUGGCCCUCGGAGAUAUAGCACGUCCCCUGCCGGUUUGAAGCGUGUGUUUCGGCGUGAAAGAGUCGACGACCAAUCGUCUGAUGACGGGGAGGAAGAGAGAGACUAUGAUUACGAACCUAGUGCCAAGCUCCCUGGGGACCAUGAUACCUGGGAGAAUGACAGACUCUUCUUCUUCGGCAAGCAUCACCGGUUCACGUCGGAUGAUGUCUGGGGACACAACCCGAGGAUAUUCCAACCUGCUGUGAGGAAUGGAAUGUGGGUCAUGGCAAUGAAGGAGGCCGACGGCAAGUGGAGUGGAUUGAAGAGACUGGGAGCGGGUGCAUUUAAGAGAACGGCGAGAACUGCUCUAGUGGAGCAUUUGAGUCUCAUGAACCCCGAGAGGAACGAACCGGACGUCGCUGCGUAUGCAGAACAAAAGUUAAAUGAGUUGUACGGCAACAACAUGUUGGAGUUUCGAGCGCCUUUCUACACACUCGAAACGACACCGUCUCGUGGCAUUGACUGGCGCAUGCCGCAACCUCCGUCAGGCGGUCAUCAUCCGGGAGGGGGUGGAGGAGGAGACGAAGGAGAUGGCGGAGACGGCGGAGGAGACGGCUCACAGUUUGUCGGAAAGAGGACGGGCGAGACAUCGUCGGUAGAGAAGGCGUCCGGCGGAAAGGGGUCAGGCGGAAAGGACUCCUGCGGAAAGGGGUCGGGCGGAAAGUGUAGAACGUCCGGGAGUCCCCAGUAUAUGGGUACUGACCCUCACUGCGCAGGGAGUCGAGAUUCCGACAUGCGAGACGAGGCCACCCUGAGGUCUGAUCAAGUGCGAGUAGAUUCGCACUUGUCUGCGAGGACUUUGUUUCCCGUAGCCGAAAAGAGUCCAUCUCGCCGUGCGCAGCAAAGAUCUUCUGUGCUCAACACCUUGCUCCUGAAAGAGGGCGCGUCUUCGUUUUGCCUGGAGGGCGGGAUGCCUGCAUUGUGAAGGAGCGAAGGUGCCACCUUCGGUUCCCUCGUCUCGGGCGACCGCCACAAACUC